AUGGCUGAGGAGGAUCCCCGGGGCUCGAGCACCCCUUUCUCGCUCUCCUUUUCCGGCAGUGGCUUUCUUGCCCUGUACCAGGUUGGGGUGGUGCAGUCCCUCCUGGAGCUGGCUCCCGAACUCCUCAAGUCCGCGUGCAAGGUCUAUGGGUCGUCCGCCGGCUCGCUCAUCGCCGCCGCCGUGGUGUGCGGCAUCAGCCUCGAUGACCUAAAGGAAUUUUUCUUUGCCAUGGCAAAGGAAGUCAGGAAAACCAUCCUGGGCCCUCUCUCUCCCAAGUGCAGCUUGCUGGCGAAUAUCAAGACUGUUUUGCAGCAGAUGCUGCCAGAGGACUCCUACCAGAUGGCUUCAGGGCGGCUGCACAUCUCGCUCACGCGGGUGGUGGAUGGCCAAAAUGUUAUGGCCUCUGAGUUCAGCUCGAAAGAGGAGCUCAUUCAGGCUCUCCUCUGCAGCUGCUUUCUUCCUAUCUACUGUGGAUUCAUCCCUCCAUCCUACCGAGGUGUGCGAUACGUUGAUGGAGGAUUCACUGGCCUGCAGCCUGUUUCCAGCUUGGAAGAAGCCGUGAUCACUGUGUCCCCAUUCACGGGAGAGCUCGAUAUCUGUCCGCGGGAUUGUCCCGCUAUCUUCUUCUGCUUCCAGAUCUUCAACGGCAGCAUUCAGAUCUCGAUAGAAAACCUCUGCAGGAUUAGCUAUGCUCUCUUUCCGCCUAGCACCAUGGUCUUGAAUGACAUUUUCUCCCAAGGGUACCAGGACACUGCCCUUUUCCUGUACAGGAACAAUGCCUUUGGCUUUAACUACUUUGAUGGCAAUUUCCGCUUCGCCAGCAUGUGUGGGAAGAACGACUUUGCAAAACCCAGCAGGAUGUUUGCCGGCCUGUGCAAAAGGGUACCGCAGUGUCUGGCUCCUUGCUUCCUGCCAGGUAGAGGAUUUGGAGUACUGAUCCUGGGUUUUGGGGAUGGCUGA